CUUUGAGACACCUCUAACGCUGUUGUCGAUGAGCAUCUGAAGAAAUAAUAUUUAUACAUAGGUAGUUUGACUGAUCCCAAACAUGCUGGGGUAUCGUACUUGCUCGACGGCUGAAGGCUUCGAUGAUGUUUUGCGGUCGCCGACAAAACGGUCGUAUGGACAAACCGCUGCGUCAUCGGCGUCGUCAUCGUAUUUUCUCGGAGAGGAUACUAGCACUAGGACGGUUCCGGAUGAGGGUGGUCACAGAAGUAGAGGCGGGGUGUCAGUGACCGUGGAUCGAUAUGACAUCGUACGGGAGAAGCCGACUGGAUUGAUUCAAGGUGUGCUCCCCGCAGGUGUCAGCGGAAGGCAGUACGUCAGCUACACGCUUCUUGUUCGCGCACCUGGCGCUUUCAAGGAUAGAGAUGAA